AAGCUGUAAUCCCCCCCCAACUUCAUUCACUUAUCUUCCCCUGAAGACGGCCAUUUUCGUCUGCCCCGGCCGAAUGACCGUUUGGCGUUCUAUUCCAGAAUACCCCAACAACGGCCAUUGCCAUGGUGCCAUCUUCGGAAGAUUGCGAUGACACGUGGGUUUGUCCUCCGUGUCGUCUUUCUAUCUUGAUGGAAAGCUCCCGCCAGCCCCUAAAGCCCCUAAAGCCCCUGAAAAAGAGCAAGCCCCCCAACCAGCGCCCCAACAUAUCCUUUCACCUCGAAGAGCAAACGCAGCCGGUAGUACCCGGGGACGAGGGUAGUACAGGACCGGACCCCAAGAGGCCCAUCAUUAAAGUUUUCAUCGACCUUCGCAAUGUCCCCGGGCUAGAAGCUCUCCUCAACGCUGAACCAUUCGAAGCCCCUAAGCUUGGAGUCGAGGGGGGUGUUUCCGUCCAAGAACCGCAGCUCGAUGGCAGCAAGCCUAGCGGUGAGCCGUCGCGCUCCCAAGACGCAAACGGCCCGGGCGCCGCCAGCACCGAGACCCAACCACCGCCGGCAACAAGGCGGACGUCAGGGCCUUUCCUCGACUUUUUGCAUCCCCCAUGCCUCUACUCGGGGCUCAACACAGCGCGGUCUCCGACCGCUACUCGGGCGAAGUCGAAGAAGCCCAAAGGAGAGAAGAGGGUCAAAGGCCGCCGUGGGAAGCAGAAGGGGGUUGAGGAUGGCACGUUGCCAGGCUUGAAAACGCAAGAUGCUGAAAAGACGUCGGAGGCCUAGAAGACGCGGGGGUUUACGGGUAGGAGGGCGGCGGGAAAACUGGCUGGAAUAUUUACAAGAUUUCUUUUCCAUACUUGAACGAUAACAGCUGUAUGUACUACGUGAAAGCUGCCCUCAACAAUUUCCGUUGUUGUGUACGGCUCCCCUUUUUUCUUAUUUUUUCCUCAGCUUUAGAUUCGAACAAUUGAGUGAUAUUUGCAGUGAGUGCUAUUGAACCUGAUCAGUAUUGCUCGCUCGUCACUAAGUUCUUGUCUUGCAUUUCUCCAUUGCUGGUGGCCUCUGCCAAGAAAGGGAGAAGCAACUCCCUACCUCGGUACCUAUGGAGC